UAAGGAGACGUGUGAAAUUAGUUGUGGAAUCUAAAAACAAAAAUCAAAUGGCAUCACCUCAAAACUUUGGAUCCAAGUUAACAGCACUUGUUGUGGAUGACAAUAUGAUCAACCGAAAGAUUCAUCAAAAGAUGUUGAAUAAUUUUGGAGUGAAAACUCAUGGUGUGGAAAAUGGAAAAGAAGCUGUCGACAUUCAUUGGUAUGGCCAAAAAUUUGACCUAAUUCUUAUGGAUAUGGAUAUGCCUAUCAUGAAUGGCAUUGAGGCAACAAAGAAACUUCGUGCAAUGGGAAUUUGUAGCACUAUUAUUGGUGUGUCAUCACGCUCUAUGGAAGCUGAAAUAUUGAAAUUUAUGGAAGCAGGACUAGAUGACUAUCAAGAGAAACCUUUAGACAAUUCAAAGCUUAAUUCCAUUCUUGAUAAGGUCAAACACAAUUUCAUUUCCAAGUGAAAAAUCCAACCUUGUGAUGGAUGCAAGGGAUUUUAAAAUAUGUACCACUAGUAUUUAUAUUUGUUUCCAUAUUUCGUGUAUUUUUAUUUUCAUUUGGUAAUUUGUGUAGUUCUACUUUUAUUAUAAUCGUCAAAACAAUAAUUCUAGUAUAGCUAGA